AUGUUACUUAAUGGAAAGUCGUAUUCGCUUUUACGAAAACUUAAUUUAUUGCAAGAACCAUCUAUCAACUUAAAGGCUGAUGAAAAAUUAGAAUUAGUAAGACAAAAAGCUCAGGAAAACAUAAGAAAAUCUUACGAACGUAACGCAAAGACCUAUAAUCUUCGUUCACGUCCAGUAACUUUUGACAUAGGACAAAUAGUGUAUAGGAAAAAUUUUGCUCAAUCGAAGGCCAUUGAACAUUUUAAUAGCAAACUUGCUAACCAAUAUGAGAAGGCUAAAGUUGUGGCUAAGCAUGGGUCAUCAUAUUACGAGCUUCAGGACAUGACAGGCAAAAACCUUGGAAAAUUUCAUGCAAAAGACAUUAGAACAUAG